ACGACCAUGAUAAUAACCAGGGUCGCGCGCGUCGCCCUGCGUCGCCAAGCGAUAGCGACGACGAUACUUGCCCGACCGAUACCGGCUUAUGCGCGAUCGCUUUCGUUUUGGGAUUUGUUCAAAACCCGAAGAGUGGCGGGGGAGGUGAAGGAGCCGACCGAUGCGAAAGAGACCGAAACGAAAACGACCGAGACGGAAGCGACCGAGACACAGCUGGUGAAGAAACCGCCGUUCGAUACAGUGCCCGUGGACACACCAUCAAACGAGAACCAGUUGAACAAAAACGAGCGAGCCAAAGACCAGCCAGCCGAGGAAGAACCCAAGGACGAGUUCAAGGAAAAGUUCAAGGGAAGGUCCCAGAAAACACAGCCGAUCGAUCAACCGAAACAGAAGGAGAAGGGACCAUACAACAGCCGUCAUGGGCCAAAAUGGAUACACAUCAUAAACAGGCGCAUACAAGCGCUGCAGGAGAGGCAACGCACCAAGAAGGACAUACCCCGUUCAUUAUGGAGGGAUAUUGGGAGGGUGAAUGCCUCUGUCAAGCAGAACUGGUCGCGGGUCUUUGCUUCGAGCGAGGGCUUUCUGACGCCUAAAGAAGGUGUGGCUGGAUUGACGAAACAAGAGGUGGCUUGGGGUGAUAUGGAUAACAUGAACCAUGAUCUGUCUAACCAUGAAACAGGCCAUGUCAACAACGUCAUGUACAACAAGUACGCCGAGGCUUCCCGUAUCAACUGGAUCCGUGGAUUAUCGGAAUACCGCAAGGAUAAUACCGCAGAAGAAGUACAAGAGUACCUCCAGUUGAUGACACCCCAGUCAACGGGCCUCGUUCUGCGAAGCAUCAAGACUUGGUUCAAAUUUCCUGUCACAUUCCCCGACCGUGUGAGUGUCUUUCACAAGAUCACCAAGCCUCCUGAACCAGACUCGGAUCACUUUAUUCUCGAGGCUAUCAUCCUCUCCGAGUACCACUACAGAACCGCCGCCAGAUUGACCGAGGAGAUCGGCAUCUACGACCACAUAGAGGGAAAGAAGACGACCUUGAAGCCUAACCAGGUCAGGGAUCUGAACCGCAUCUUCAAGAGGCAGCCGCUGAACCGGGAGGCUGCGGAUAAGGAAAUCGACGAGUGGAUGGACCGACUUACCGACCUUGAGAUGAAGGUGCAGAUGAAGAGUAGACGUCUUAAGGAUAUUCCUCUCAAGGAGACUGCGGUGGAAUCUGCCAUCGACGACGCCCUUAGGGCUACUGGCGAGCUUGAAGCCGAGUUCGACGCCAGCAAGGAAGACUCCAGAUACGCAGAAGCCCCCGAAGAUCUGGAAAUCUCUAAAAAACUAGAAGCCGAGGAGGCAGAGGCUUCCAAGGACACGGUGCCAAAGUCUACUGAGGAGUCGAAAGAGUCAAGGACUCCGAAUACCUCCAAGGCUGCAGAGUUUUUCAAGAAGAUCUUCAAAUGGUCAUAA